AUGGAGACAGCAAAGCUUAUAGUAGCAUUUGGGACAUGUAUGGAUGCUGUGAUCUAUGUGAAAAAUGGGAAAAUAUGGACAAGCGUUCGAAAGAGUACAAAGAAAUGGGUGGAGAGUGACGAUUAUCGCAAGUGGAGGGAAAAUCACGAUAGUGGUGAAGUUGAGUGUGACAGAGCAAUGAAACUAGACUGCAUUGGUCAUGUCCAGAAGAGAAUGGAUACUCAUUUGAGGGAUCUAAGAAAAAGAGAAAAAAAACUGAAAGAUGGAAAGUCAGUCAAGGGCAGUAAGCAAUUGACAAGUUGA